GGCUGCAGAUCUCUAGAAUUUCCUUGGCGGCCCCUCUCAGUUAAAACGACAAAUUAAGAUAAUAAAACGGAAACGGUUUUGCUUUGUGAACAGCUAUAUCAGCUUUAUUUAAAAAAAAAAGCGGGGGGAAGACCGUGCUGGUCACGUGUUGUUUAUACAUGAAUCUGUAAGUCUGGCUCCAGGAGCAGACGCUGGGGAACGAACGCCCUAUCGGCAGUGUGCUCCGACUGAAAUGACAUUUUCUUUCUGAGAGGCAACUAGCUAAUACGUUUGUUUACCUUUUUUUUUUCCGUCCCCUCGUUUCUUUUGAGUUGUGAAUGCUUCCCCAGAUUUGAGUACUAGAGACCAGAUCUUCUGCAGUUGAGGGAGUGCCUUCAUUUAGCUGCGGCUAGGUAAAGCUCUUUGUAAUCUAAGGUCCGUUUGGAAAGUCAGUACUGCAGAAAACCUACUGAACAUACGAUGAUGCGACAAAAUCUACCUCCUGUAUUUUUCUCUUACUCAUGAGCUGCACGGUUGCAGACUUGAGCAGGAUGUUUGGAGAGUGUUGAAAAACUCUAGCGGAGGAUGACCUAGCGCAGACUGUGAGCCUGUAACAAGAUACUCCAUGAUUGUGUCAGUUCUGGCUCUGAAUGCAACAGAUAACAGCGGUGGACACCCUCCUUUAUUUCUCAAGUAUUCCUUGACCUUCCAUCAAGACGGACUUUUCUACUCUGUUCUGGGAGAUAUUGAUGGAAUACAGUCAUGUCCACUCAAGAGGAAAGGCAGAUCAAUACCGAAUAUGCUGUGUCCUUGUUGGAACAGUUGAAACUGUUUUACGAGCAGCAGUUGUUUACUGACAUAGUAUUAAUUGUUGAGGGCACUGAAUUCCCUUGUCAUAAGAUGGUUCUUGCAACAUGUAGCUCCUAUUUCAGGGCUAUGUUCAUGAGUGGACUAAGUGAAAGCAAGCAGACACAUGUCCACCUGAGGAACGUGGAUGCUGCCGCCCUGCAGAUGAUAAUAACCUACGCAUACACCGGAAACUUGGCGGUAAACGACAGCACUGUAGAGCAGCUUUAUGAAACAGCUUGCUUCCUGCAGGUAGAAGAUGUGUUACAGCGUUGUCGAGAAUACUUGAUUAAGAAAAUUAAUGCAGAGAACUGUGUUCGGUUGUUGAGUUUUGCUGACCUCUUCAGUUGUGAAGAAUUAAAGCAAAGCGCUAAGAGAAUGGUGGAGCACAAGUUCACUGCUGUGUACCACCAGGAGGCAUUCAUGCAGCUGUCCCACGAUCUCCUGGUAGACAUUCUCAGCAGUGACAAUUUAAACGUAGAAAAGGAAGAGACAGUUCGAGAAGCUGCAAUGCUGUGGCUAGAGUACAACACGGAGUCACGAUCCCAGUAUUUGUCUUCAGUUCUGAGCCAAAUCAGAAUUGAUGCGCUUUCAGAAGUCACACAGAGAGCUUGGUUCCAAGGGCUCCCACCCAACGACAAAUCUGUUGUGGUUCAAGGUCUUUAUAAGUCCAUGCCCAAGUUUUUCAAGCCGAGACUUGGGAUGACUAAGGAGGAGAUGAUGAUUUUCAUUGAAGCAUCAUCAGAAAACCCUUGUAGUCUUUACUCUUCUGUCUGUUACAGCCCGCAGGCAGAAAAAGUUUACAAGUUAUGCAGCCCGCCAGCUGAUUUGCAUAAGGUUGGGACAGUUGUAACCCCUGAUAAUGAUAUUUACAUAGCAGGGGGCCAAGUGCCCCUGAAAAACACAAAAACAAAUCACAGUAAGACAAGCAAACUGCAGACCGCCUUCAGAACUGUGAAUUGCUUUUACUGGUUUGAUGCACAACAAAAUACCUGGUUUCCAAAGACACCGAUGCUCUUCGUCCGUGUGAAGCCCUCUUUGGUUUGCUGUGAAGGUUACAUCUAUGCAAUCGGAGGAGACAGUGUUGGUGGAGAACUUAAUCGGAGGACUGUAGAAAGGUAUGACACUGAGAAGGAUGAGUGGACGAUGGUGAGCCCUUUACCUUGUGCUUGGCAGUGGAGUGCAGCAGUUGUGGUCCAUGACUGCAUUUAUGUGAUGACAUUAAACCUCAUGUACUGUUACUUUCCCAGAUCUGACUCUUGGGUAGAAAUGGCCAUGCGACAGACUAGCAGAUCUUUUGCUUCAGCUGCGGCUUUUGGUGAUAAAAUUUUCUAUAUCGGAGGGUUGCAUAUUGCCACCAAUUCUGGCAUAAGACUCCCCUCUGGCACUGUAGAUGGGUCUUCAGUAACUGUGGAAAUUUAUGAUGUGAAUAAAAAUGAAUGGAAAAUGGCAGCCAACAUCCCUGCUAAAAGGUACUCUGAUCCCUGUGUUAGAGCUGUUGUGAUCUCCAACUCCCUUUGUGUGUUUAUGCGGGAAACCCACUUAAAUGAACGAGCUAAAUAUGUCACUUACCAGUAUGAUUUAGAACUUGAUCGGUGGACUCUGCGGCAACACAUAUCUGAACGUGUACUGUGGGACCUAGGGAGAGAUUUUCGAUGCGCUGUGGGGAAACUUUACCCAUCCUGUCUUGAAGAAUCUCCAUGGAAGCCACCAACUUACCUUUUUUCACCAGAUGGAACAGAGGAGUUUGAACUGGAUGGAGAAAUGGUUGCACUUCCCCCUGUAUAGGGGAGUUGAAGGGGGGUGCACAUGCCACACAGGUAUAUCCUUUGCUAAACCAGAGGAUAUAGAAGGACUAAAUAUGAGUACAUAAAAUUCUAUCUUUGAUACAUUUUAUUUUUAUGGCCUACUUAAUAUUUGCAUCAGUAUAAUAUAUAUAUCAGUGUGUCAUACAGAAAGAUAUGCUUCUGUAAUAUGAAAUAGGUUAUUUGGUAAUUGAGAGACUUUUAUGUGUAUCAUGUGAGUGAGCAUAGGAGUCUGGAUUAUCUAACAUUGUUAGCCCUGUGUAUGUACAGUCCAGAACUUCACUUGUAAAAGCAAUUUUCUGUUCUUAGUGUGGUAUAUCAAAAUUGUGCUGAGAUUAUUUUAGUAUAUGUAUUGAAUUCCCGUACUUCUAAAGUCCUGGAAUACAGUUUUUCUAGUAUAAUUCAGCUGCACUUAACACUAAUGUUCAUGUUGGUAUAGAAAUGUCUUUGAAAUCCUACACUAUUGUUGAGGAAGAUCUCCUAUACGUCUAUGGUAUUACACAGGAAAGCUGUGACUGCAGGAUCAGUCUCACUAUUCUAGGUGCAUGUACUUCUUCCCACUGACUUAGACUUGUCUAUCUAGAAUACAGGUUGUCCAGUCAGCUGGUCACUGACCGGGUGUGGACUUAAGUUGCUGGGCUUGCAAAUGAAUUGCUAGUCCCUCAUUAUGCGGGUCUGUGUGGAGCUUUAAUCAGUAAAUGUCUCCACUUUCUGUAUUACAUUAACGUUGGCUCAUGCAUAUAACCACCUGCUGCUGAUGUAGUUCUCCAUCUUAAAAAGAUUUAGAGUGGAUUAACCAGGUCAUUACAUCUUAAUUUAAUAACGAGCAUUACUGUAGAGUGAUUGUGUGUAGGUAUCUCUUAGGUGUGUUUUUUUAACCUGAUGUGUGUAUGUUUGGGGGGUAGGGUAGGAAGGUGAGCCGUGCAGGAGUCGUCUGCACUGACUGUACAGGAGAGCAGACACUAGCACUGCUCUGGCAUUAAUCCCAGGAACCACUAGCAGCUGUGGGGCGCCACCAAUGCAGCAUGAGCACGGGGGCCUCGUGACAAACACUGCUGGCAUGUCCAACUGCAUAAUGCUCUGGCACUGUAUUUUGAAUGACAUUAAUUUAUUAAAUAAGUUGUAUAUAA